AUGUCUCACAUCAACAAGUACGACUAUGUCCGCUUCUCUGUUGCUGAUAUACACGGAAGAUCAAGAGGAAGAAUUGUUCCCGCAAGACAUGUAAAAAAAACCUUUGAGACCGGCAUCGGUUGCAACCUCUUUGCAGUUGUUUUUAACAACCAUGCCAUUACCUACCUCGCCGACACUGAUGCCCUCAAAACCCGAAUUAAAGAACAUCAAAGCUCAGUAGACAGAGCUGACUUCGAGUCAGCUCCAUCAGACCAUAUCUGUAACGACCCCAACAACAGCAUCCAGUGGGACAAAAUCAAAGCCCUCACAACCAGCCUCAAAAACUUCAAAAUCAGAAAAGUCCAAGACCUCAUCAACAUAAAAAAAAGACUCCAACCACCAAUCAACCGUGAUCAAGGAUGUUACAUCCUCCCUGCGUUGCAAGGCGUGUGGGUCAACGUUUUGUCUUUCAGUUCGGCAACGUCCGUGCUCACCGUGUAUGAAUCGUCAAUGCUUAACUCCAGCAGCAGGGGUUUUCUAUCAUUUGGCCUCCACAAAGAAGUCACCUGCCCAUCAGAGAACAUGGCAGAUUUUAGAGCACCCAAGGCCUACCUACGCCCUGAUAUCGAUACAUUGUAUAAUGUGUCUUGGUCGGGGCAGGAUGACAUCUUGGUGGCCGAAAUUAUCUGUGAGAGCUACUGGCUAAAGGAUGGAUCGGCACAGCUUGCAUGUCCCCGAUAUGUUGCUCGACAACAAUUGGAGAAAUUGACUAAUCAUGGCUUUAGCCUCUUUUCUGGAUACGAAGUUGAAUUUACACUGACACAAGCUGGCAGACCGUAUCUUCUUGAACCAGAUUACAUGCGUCACAGAUUAGUCAGCAAACAUGACGGUUUUCUAUUUUACCUUGAAAAACACAUGCACCAAGCAGGUGUCGACAUAGGCUCUUUCCAUUCUGAGUGGGGUGCAGGGUUGUUUGAGAUGGUACUCCAACCAUCGUAUGGCAUCAAAAGUGCUGAUUCAUGUAUUACCUUUAAGAACGGAAUUCUAGAAAUAGGGGAUAAGAAAGAUUAUUCAGUUUGUUUCAACCCCAUGCAAGGAUGUGGCGGAGUAGGAAUGCAUUUUAACCAUUCGCUAUGGUCUUCAUCAAGUGGCGUCAAUGUUUUCUACGAUCCUGACAGUGACCAUGGUCUCAGCACUUUGGGAAGACACUGGCUGGCUGGUCUCAUGAAACAUGCGAAGGCUCUGAGUGCAUUUUUCUGCCCGACCAUCAACUGUUACAAUCGCUUGCACAAACCCAAUCUUCCUGGACUGAUCUAUUGGAGCACCAAUAAACGUUCUGCGUGUGUGAAAGUCAAGUCUUUAGAAGCUGGCACUUAUCUGGAAAAUCGCAUUCCCAGUGGGAUGAGCAACCCCUACAUCACUCUGGCGGCAACCAUAGCUGCUGGUCUUGAUGGGAUUGAGAAGAAGCUGGAAUGUCCGCCUGUGGAUCAGUUCUCUUCUUCUAAAGCUCUUCCUCACACCCUUUCGGAGGCUAUAAAUCAUCUUCAGGUGGAUACGGAUAUGGUCCACAGUUUGGGAAAAGAAUUUAUUGAAUGGUUUGUAUGUACCCUGAACACGGACAUUGACGAUACUUCUGGCAUGGUAUGCUCUGGGAUCAAAUGA